CCUCAUAUAAAUUCAAACCGAACAAGACUGGGGCCUUCUUCCUGUUAUACAGAACACGUAAGUGAAAUGGCGAAUAGUUCCUCAUGCAACAAAAUCCACAAAUAUCUCUUUGAUCUCUGGACAGACUGCAUUGUUUGAUGGCAGAAAUCCAUACUUGUACUGAUAACAGUUCAUUUAGAACAACAUUUAAAAAUAUGUGCUUAGGCAAUUAAUGAUAUUUGUGACAAGGCAAUACCGGUUCCUAGUUAACGCACAUAGCAACAAUACACACUAUCAAUGUGUUACUCGUGUUUCUUUAUGGUGUUUACUGUACAAUAUGUAAAUGUAUUUGUCAGAAAACCUAACUAUGUGACGGCAACAUUUAUUACAUCCGUGUUUCUUGUCCUUCAGUGUUUCAUUUGUUAGCCAGUGCGCUAAGCAAUUCCACGUGCCAUGAUAUUGAUUGGGCCUUGUUACCGCGAAUUUAGGUAGCUCAUCGUUAUUUAUUCUGACACCUGACGUUUGAUCGUUUCUUUAUCAACAGCAAAUGGCGGACAACGCCGGUGGAGAACGUGGAGGUUUCCGUGGAGGUUUUGGCAGUGGCGACCGAGGUCGUGGUCGUGGACGCGGCAGAGGCCGUGGUCGCGGUCGUGGACGCGGUGCCAGGGGUGGCAAGUCCGAGGACAAGGAAGUGAGUUGACAACCUUGAGCCCUUGUUUUUCUUGCUGUUAACAAUUAUGGCAGAGCCUCUGAUCACGAAUGGAGUCUACACUGGCACGAGUGACAUUGCAUGUGCAAUAUGUGGGGUUGAUGUUUUUAAUUAAUAAUUCAAGUGAUGCUUAGUCAGCAAUUUUGAAAACCUACACAAGGUGUUGAAUCUGCAGACCGUUGUCAGCGAGGCUUGGCCUGGAGUGGCUCUGUUCUUUCCUGUAGUGUCUGCUAGAGAGAACUGAGAUGGUUUGAGGCCCUGCCAUGUCUCCUCCAUGGCAAGGUUAUAGGUAAUUCUCUGACAACUAAUAGUUGGUGGUCCUGUGGCUCAGUUGGUAGGCCAUGGUGCUUGCAACGUCAGGGUCGUGGGUUCGAUUCCCACUCAUAUGAAAAUGUUGCACUACUGUAAGUCGCUUUGUAUAAGUGUCUGCUAAAUUUAAACGCUUGUUCUUCCAGUGGGUGCCAGUGACCAAGCUGGGCCGCCUUGUCAAGGACAUGAAGAUCAAGUCUCUGGAGGAGAUUUAUCUCUACUCCCUGCCCAUCAAGGUAAAUGACAACUUAGCGGUUUCCAUAGUUGUUCAUGCUCUUUUGAAACCGAAAGCACUAUGGGUAGCUCACUCCCACGACAUGUUUAUAAAAGUAGUGUUUCGUCACUGCAUCCUGCAUUUGCUGAAAGCGUUUUUACCCCCUUGGUACAGGAGUCUGAGAUCAUUGACUUCUUCCUGGGGUCCUCGCUGAAGGAUGAGGUGCUGAAGAUUAUGCCUGUCCAGAAGCAGACCAGGGCUGGCCAGCGCACCAGGUUCAAGGCCUUUGUUGCCAUCGGCGACUACAACGGCCAUGUGGGCCUGGGGGUGAAGUGCUCCAAGGAGGUGGCCACCGCCAUUCGAGGUGCCAUCAUCCUGGCUAAGCUGUCAAUUGUGCCUGUGAGGAGAGGAUACUGGGGGAACAAGAUCGGCAAGCCCCACACGUGCCCUGCAAGGUGACCGGUCGUUGCGGCUCUGUCCUGGUGCGUCUGAUCCCUGCGCCUCGUGGUACUGGCAUUGUGUCUGCCCCCGUGCCCAAGAAGCUGCUCACGAUGGCUGGCAUCGACGAUUGCUACACCUCCGCCAGGGGCUGCACUGCCACUCUAGGCAACUUCGGUAAGAAACCUACACUGAGUUUGACUUAUUUUCAAUGUUGUUUUAAUGGGUAUUAUCAGUGCAGCCGCAUCCCCCCUCCUAGCUCUGCUCAGCUUCACCCAUCAGUGGUGUAGUUGUCGUUAAUCGGGAGGCAAACUAACGAGUAUGGUAAUGCACGGCAGAAAGACUUCCUAAUAGUCUCUUCUGUUCCCCUUUUCUGUGCUCAACAACCAGCCCCAGUCACUGCAGCAUCAUAGUCAGGUAAAUGUUAGUUAAUUGAUGCUAACUGUUUGUCUUUACAGCCAAGGCUACCUUUGACGCCAUCUCCAAGACCUACAGCUACCUGACCCCUGAUCUUUGGAAGGAGACAGUCUUCACCAAGUCUCCCUACCAGGUCAGUUCAAAAGCCUUGAUGCCCUCAAUAUUCAUGGUAAUGGAUUGGGUUUAUAAAGCCCUUUUACACGUUUUAAAUGUUGCCUUUGUAUUGCCCGUUCAUUGUCUCAAAAGUGAAUGGGUUACUGAAGGAGGCAUACAGUAAUGCUUGUGGUUGUCUUUGAGGGGUGCCCACCGAAUCCUUUCAAUACGAUCAACUGCAAGCACACACAACUGAAGCUAGAAAUGAUAGAUCUAAUGUACAAAUGGGGGGGGUCUAGAGCUGUGUUGCUGUGAAGUGGAAUGUGAUAUAUUGUUGAACACUAAUGGACAUGGUUCUUCACAAAUCAAAACUGGGUGACGUUUAUUGACAGUAAGGAACUUGGAUGUGUGAAACUGUCUAUUUUGUGUCCUGCAGGAGUUCACCGAUCACCUGGCCAAGACCCACACCAGGGUGUCUGUGCAGAGGACAGCCGCAGCUGUCCCGGCAUCCUCCUAAACACUUUUGUACAGUGGAUUAAAUAAAGGGUAUAACACCAAUACUAUCUUCUCAAACUGAUGUGCUGUAUGUGGUUAUAAUAUUGAAUGAUGAAUCAAGAUGUAAGGUUUUGAAGCUGAGGGCUAGCUAGUUCAUGUGUGAAAAGUGAUAAUGGCAAGAUUUAAACUCUAUUUUGGGCCUUUUGACCCCAUGGUGAAUUAUUACUUCAAAGUAAUGAUUACUUCAAUGGCUUAGUGCCCUCCUUCAAAUCUGGACAUCAACGCCACUAUUCGUCCCAAUAAAUCGGACUGAUUUAGACCUUGGAAACCAGGUGGGUGCAAUUAAUUGACCUCAGGUUAAGAUUUGAAUACCUCUGGCUUAGUUGCUGGUUCCCAAAUUCUUCGUACAUACUGGGUGCAAUAAAUUGUAGGUUUACAUUUUAGUCAUUCAGAUGCUCUUAUCCAGAGCGACU